AUGGCCCCCACUGCACAGAUGGUAAAGAAAAGAAAAUCCCACGAGUUGGAGAUGUGUAAGCUGAGAUUGGAGUGUCAAAGGGAGAAGAUUGAUGAGCUGACCAGGGAGAGAGACUAUCUAAAAGAGCAACUGGCAUUAGCUGUGAACCUUAUUGACAGCUCAUCUGAAUCUUCCUCUGAUAUUAUGUCUGACUCCUCCUCUAAGACAUCCUCAUCAGAUAGGGACAGAAAGAAGAAAAGGAAGAAGAGGAUAAAGAUGAAGAUCAAAGGGAAAACUCAAAACCCACAGCAAGUGGUGGCCCGAUACAAGAAAAUUCUUCGGCACUUUAGUAAAGGGACCAUGUCAGCUGCUUUCAAGCAUGUUGGGGUGGACUGGAACACAGUGGUUGUCACUGCCCUAAUAGCAGAGCUGUACAUCACCGCACCUGUCAAAUAUCAGGAACUUCUUAAAAACCACAGCAGUCAAGUUAAACGUGGUGUGUUUGCCACACAGUGUGGUGCUGCCAUUCUGGAGGAUCCAGCUAUAGAAGACACCAUCAAAACCUUUAAGGCAUCUGGAAAGCUGCUGCCUUUAAAAGAGAAGUUAACUGAGUUCACAUUAAGCUGGUACAGUGGGUCAAAACGCAUCCACUAUAUAUUGUACACUGCAGUUCUCUAA